GCACAUUAAGGCUCGGCACCCGGCUUCAGAGAGGCCGCCAUGGGUGUGCAGGGCCCGAUACUGCUACUGCUGCUGCUGGUGUGCGUGGUGCUGGGGAAAUCUGGAUCGUGUGAAGAAAGCCAGGCGGUGGCAGGUCUCAAGACCACAGACAUCAAGCUUCUCUCAAGGCCGUGCGGCCGCCGGAAUGACAUUCGGUCCCGGAUAGUGGGCGGGAUAGAAUCCCUGCGAGGGCGCUGGCCAUGGCAGGCCAGCCUGCGCUUGAAGAAGUCCCACCACUGCGGAGCGAGCCUUCUCAGCCACCGCUGGGUGCUCACUGCUGCACACUGCUUUAGAAAUUUCCUUGACCCAGAAAAGUGGACUGUCCAGCUCGGGCAGCUUACUUCCAAGCCAUCUUUCUGGGACAGGAAGGCCUAUUCUGGACGGUACAGGGUAAAGGACAUCAUCGUGAACUCGGAAGACAAGCUGAGGUCCCAUGACCUCGCCCUGCUGAGGCUGGCCUCCUCAGUCACCUACAACAAGUACAUCCAGCCUGUCUGUGUGCAGCCUUCCGCCUUCGCGUCCCAGCACCAGCCCAGGUGUUGGGUGACCGGCUGGGGAGUCCUUCAGGAGGAUUUGAAGCCUCUGCCACCACCCUAUCACCUCCGAGAAGUACAGGUCGCCAUCCUAAACAACAGCAGGUGCCAGGAACUGUUCGAGAUUCGCUCCCUACACCACUUGAUCACAAAGGACGUGUUCUGUGCUGGUGCUGAGGAUGGGAGCGCAGACACCUGCAAUCCCCCAGGCCCUCCCCUGGCCUCAUCAGAGGGACACCAGGCUUCAAGGACCAGAGACCAAGCUCCCUGCACCCAGGCCAGUCCUGAAGAUACAAUGAGGGGUGCUUCCCACCCCCAGAUCCUGCUGCUGUUGGUGUUAGGAACCAGGGUGCAGGAGUGUACAGCUUGCGGGCAGCCCCACAUGUCCAGCCGGAUCGUUGGGGGCCGGGAUGCUCAGGAUGGGGAAUGGCCAUGGCAAGCAAGCAUUCAGCACCACGGAGCCCAUGUGUGUGGAGGGUCACUCAUCGCACCCCAGUGGGUGUUGACAGCAGGUCAUUGCUUCCCCAGACGGGUACUGCCAUCAGAGUACAGUGUGCUCCUGGGGGCACUGAGUCUGGAUGUCACGUCAUCCCAUGAGCUCUUGGUUCCUGUGCUACGGGUGCUGCUGCCUCCUGACUACUCUGAGGACGAGGCCCGUGGUGACCUGGCACUGCUGCAGCUGCAUCACCCAGUGUCCCUGAGCUCCCGCAUCCAGCCUGUCUGCCUACCUGCACCAGGGUCCCAUCCACCACCAGGGUCUCCAUGCUGGGUCACUGGCUGGGGUAGCCUCAGCCCAGGAGUACCACUCCCCAAGGGAAGACCCUUGCAAGGAGUGAGGGUGCCGCUGCUGGACUCUCGAGCCUGUGACCGCCUCUAUCACGUGGGUGCCAAUGUGCCCCAGGGUGAGCGCAUAGUGCUACCAGGGAACUUGUGUGCUGGCUACCGCAGAGGCCACAAGGAUGCCUGCCAGGGUGACUCUGGAGGACCCCUGACCUGUAUGGAGUCCGGCCACUGGGUCCUGGUGGGUGUGGUGAGCUGGGGCAAGGGCUGUGCCCUGCCCAACCGUCCAGGUGUCUAUACCAAUGUGGCCAAGUAUAGUCCCUGGAUCCAAGCUCGCCUGGGCCUCUGACGCUGGUGGGUCUGAUAAUGUGAACCUGGAGCUUCCUGGCCCAUCCCACACUCUCUCUUUCUUACAUGAAGCUGAGAUGUUAAGCAUUCAUCUGCCUAUCUCCUUCCCUCCUCUCCUCCUUCAGGGCCAUUUUCUGUCACUCAGGAACCUUCUGGGAGUCCCCUGCACUCACACUCUGCCCUCUCCUUUUAGCGAGGAUUUGGCUCAUCUGGCCUGAGUGCCCUUUGAUUUCUGGAGGAAGUCAGACAGAUUUAAAGCAUAAGAGGAACUCUACACCAGGGAGAAUCUCCUCUGCUGACUUUGAAGGUUGAGGGGCCAGGCACUGUGAGGAACCGCAAUGGCACUGACAGCCAGCAGAGGGAGAGAAGUCUGUGGCCACCAGGAACCUGUUCUGCCAACAGCCUAGAGUCUGGAUACGAUUUCCCCCAUCUUCUAAUCCCUUAGCUUCACGCUGGUGAAGCCUCAACAGAGGGCGCAAAUGAGCUCUUGAUCCACAGAUUUUUCAACUUAAUAAA